AUGGCCCAGCCGUGGGCGCAGGGCGGCCAGCGGGCUUUUGUGGAGAGCGAAUGGGCAGCACGCUGGCCCGCCGGAAUGCGCCGCUUGCACGGGCCCCGAGCUCUCUCUCUCUCCCUUCUGGCUGCCUUCAUUCUGUGCAGCAGCAGCCCCAGGCCUGACCGCCGCCCGGCUCUGGACCCGCACCCGAGCCCGCCGAUCGCGCUGGGGACCCAGGAUGGAUACUUGUCUCACCGACCCAAGGAGAAAGUACGCACGGACAGCAACAACGAAAACUCAGUCCCUAAGGACUUCGAGAAUGUAGACAACAGCAACUUUGCACCCAGGACUCAAAAGCAGAAGCACCAGCCUGAGUCGGCGAAGAGAGCCCCGGUUCGGCUGAAGGAGCGGCUGCAGAGGAAGCUGGAACUUCAGGACAAAGGACAGGGACAUUCGGUCCUGGGGAAAGGCUCCAAGGAGCUGCCACCUCCGGGAAGGAGAGCCGCAGCCAACAGCAGCCAGGCAAAGGAUGUGCCCAGACAGCCCCACGCCAGGAAAAGUGGCGGUGCCUCUCCCGAGGUCAAAUACGACCAGCCACCCAAGUGCGACAUCUCGGGCAAAGAGGCCAUCUCCGCCCUGUCCCGCGCCAAGUCCAAGCACUGCCGCCAGGAGAUCGCAGAGACCUACUGCCGCCACAAGCUGGGCCAGCUGAUGCCGGAGAAGGUGACCCGCUUCUGCCCCCUGGAGGGUAAAGCCAAUAGGAAUGUCCAGUGGGACGAGGACUCUGUGGAGUACAUGCCGGCCAACCCAGUCAGAAUCGCCUUCGUCCUGGUCAUCCACGGCCGGGCCGCCCGGCAGCUGCAGCGCAUGUUCAAGGCCAUCUACCACCGGGACCACUUCUACUACAUCCACGUGGACAAGCGCUCUAAUUACCUGCACCGGCAAGUGCUCCAGUUCGCCACACAGUACAGCAACGUGCGUGUCACCCCCUGGAGGAUGGCUACCAUCUGGGGCGGAGCCAGCCUCCUGUCCACCUACCUGCAGAGCAUGCGCGACCUCCUGCAGAUGCCCGACUGGCCCUGGGACUUCUUCAUCAACCUCAGCGCGGCCGACUACCCCAUCAGGACGAACGACCAGCUGGUGGCGUUUCUCUCCCGGUACCGAGACAUGAAUUUCCUGAAAUCGCACGGCCGGGACAACGCAAGGUUCAUCCGGAAGCAAGGCCUGGACCGGCUCUUCCUGGAGUGUGACACCCGCAUGUGGCGCCUGGGGGACCGGCGGAUCCCCGAGGGCAUCUCGGUGGACGGCGGCUCCGACUGGUUCCUGCUGAACCGCAAGUUCGUGGAAUACGUGACGUUCUCCACGGACGACCUGGUGACCAAGAUGAAGGAGUUCUACUCUUACACGCUGCUGCCGGCCGAGUCCUUCUUCCACACGGUGCUGGAAAAUGGCCCCCACUGCGACACCAUGGUAGACAACAACCUGCGCAUUACCAACUGGAACCGCAAGCUGGGCUGCAAGUGCCAGUACAAGCACAUCGUGGACUGGUGCGGCUGCUCCCCCAACGACUUCAAGCCGCAGGACUUCCUCCGCUUCCAGCAGACAGCCCGGCCCACCUUCUUUGCCCGCAAGUUCGAGGCGGUGGUGAAUCAGGAGAUCAUCGGGCAGCUGGACUACUACCUGUACGGGAACUACCCCGCGGGCACGCCGGGCCUCCGAGCCUACUGGGAGAACAUCUACGAUGAGCCCGAGGGCGUGCACAGCCUCAGCGACGUGAUGCUCGGCCUGCUGCACUCCUUCACGCGCCUGGGCCUGCGCCGGGCCGCCGCGGCCGCCCCGCACCCCAACGCCGACGCCGGGGAGAGCAGCUGCAGGUACUACCCAAUGGGCCACCCGGCAUCCGUCCACCUCUACUUCCUUGCUGACCGCUUCCAGGGCUUCCUGAUCAAGCACCAUGCUACCAACCUGGGUGUGAGCAAGCUCGAGACUCUGGAGACGUGGGUGAUGCCAAAGAAAGUCUUCAAGGUCGCCAGCCCCCCAAGCGACUUCGGGAGGCUCCAGUUCUCUGAGGUGGGCACUGACUGGGAUGCCAAGGAGAGGCUUUUCCGCAACUUCGGGGGGCUCCUGGGGCCCAUGGAUGAGCCGGUGGGGAUGCAGAGGUGGGGGAAGGGGCCCAACGUGACCGUGACCAUCGUGUGGGUGGACCCCGUGAACGUCAUCGCCGCCACUUACGACAUCCUCAUCGAGUCCACCGCGGAGUUCACGCACUACAAGCCCCCCCUGAACUUGCCCCUGAGACCUGGGGUCUGGACGGUGAAAAUUCUCCACCACUGGGUGCCGGUGGCUGAGACCAAAUUCCUCGUGGCCCCUCUGACCUUCUCCAACAGGCAGCCCAUCAAACCGGAGGAGGCGCUGAAGCUGCACAACGGGCCCCCCCGCAGUGCCUACAUGGAGCAGAGCUUCCAGAGCCUGAACCCGGUCCUCGGCCUGCCCGUCAGCCCGGCCCAGGUGGAGCAGGCACGGAGGAACGCGGCGUCCACCGGCGUAGCCCUGGAGGGCUGGCUGGACACGCUGGUGGGCGCCAUGUGGACGGCCAUGGAGGUGUGCUCCGUGGGCCCCUCCGCCUGCCCCACCAUGCCGGCCUGCAGCCAGACAGCCUGGAGCUCCUUCAGCCCCGACCCCAAGUCAGAGCUGGGGGCCGUCAAACCCGACGGCCGGCUCAGGUAGCCCCGGCGCGGGCCCCCAAAAAAACCCCACAAUCUGAUCCCGGUGGAGGAGCAGCCAGAGGCGGCCGGUGGGGCCUGGACCUCGGCCUUUCCCGCCCCCGGGCGAGGUGAGGCGGUACUCCCCCCACCCCCCGGGCAGGGUACCCCACGAGCCCGUAGGGUAAUGGAGCCUCGGAAGCCACCGCUGGAUUGGCCUGCAUUGGGCGUCUGGCCUUUGCGAAGGGGGCGGCGGGUCUCCCUUCUGGUUGACCUCAUUCCCACAGGU